AAUUAUAUGCUCUCAUCAUGUUGAAGGAUGCUCUCCGUGUAAAUGAUUCUCUCUCGCACUCGCGAGAAAGUCAGAAGUUCCAGCGUGAGUGCCAGUACGCUGCGAUACAUUGUGGCGGUGCCUUGUUUUUCACCUGUUCGCUGUAGCAACAGGUUGCCAGGAGGUACCAGCGUUACCAACGAACCACCUGCAAGAUGAUGUUCACAGGGGGUACCACCUACGGCUCUUCUAGUAAAGGCAAGCGUGGUACUGGUAACAAUAAGAAACAGCGAUCGACGCCGCACAGCGGAGGACUCUCAGCGCGCCAGCACUUACAGCACCAUGCAUCCUCGGGGGCAAUGGCUAUGGCCAAUAGCAAUGAAAGCAAUAGUAACAGUGGUUAUCCGGGCGGUGCCUGUUCGACGUCAGGUGUGAGUUCAGCCUUGGCAAACAGCAGCUCUCCUCCUCGAGUGCCACCGGAUGGAGCAACUGCCUCUGGCUUCCUCCUCCAGUCUAGUUCCCUUUCGGCGCAUCCGCGCCAACACUAUUACCAUCGUCCGGGCUCGCUAGCUCAACAAUUACCGCCUCCACCGGCCUCGACUUCGCUCAAGAUGCGUUCUUCGGGGAAAAUCAAUGUUCAGGUGCGAGCACUUCGGAUGGACGAAGGUCCGUACCUGGACGACGAUGAUUUCAAGGCCGUUGGUGGGAUUACUCGACGACGCGGUGCUAUCAAACAUCAGAAGGUGCACGAGGUUCGCGGACAUCGAUUCGUGGCCAAAUUCUUCCGACAGCCCACAUUCUGCGCGUUCUGUCGUGAUUUUCUCUGGGGCUUCGGGAAACAGGGCUAUCAGUGUCAGCAAUGUCAGUGCGCCGUGCACAAGAAAUGUCACGAGAAAAUUCUGGGCAAAUGUCCGGGAUCCGGGAAGGAGUCACAAAGCACAAUAUAUCUGCGGGAAAGAUUCAAAAUUGAUGUUCCUCAUCGCUUUAAAAUGCACACCUACAUGUCGCCAACAUUUUGUGACCACUGUGGGUCAAUGCUGUACGGACUUUUCCGACAGGGCUUCAAAUGUGAAGUGUGCAAUGUGAACUGCCACAAAAAGUGCGAGAAACACAUGCCAAACUUGUGUGGCGUGAACCAAAAGUUGCUAGCCGAAGCCAUUGCCACAAUUAAACGAGGGGGUGCAUCCGGUAUGAGUAGCAGUAGAAUAAAUUCUACGACUGCGUUUUCGCCGUCUGGCCAGCAACAGCAGAACGCCAUUCCUAGAUCUAGCAGCAGUAGCAGUUUCUUGUUGGACCCGUCAUCAGCAGUCGCAGCUGACCAGCAAAUGCCGUCUGUUGGAUUGAUGAGGCUACCUUCUACCACAUCCAAUGACAGUAGCAGUUCGACAUAUUCAGCAGAAGACGAGAACGAAAGCGAAACAGAGAAGGAAAUGAACGACGGAGUAGUUAUUACUGAAAAGGGAAAAGAAGCUAACGAUGACAACGGUAACGACGAUGCAGACGACGAUCCCGAACGGGGUGCUUGUAGAAAAAGCCCAAAACCGCGUUCCUGGAGCACUGAGGAAAUGAAGCCCAAGAAAAACAAGAAAAAGAAGAAGAAAAAGCCCGCGCGAAAAACGCUGGCUGUGUUGGGUUCUUCAGCGUCGACGAGAAACCUCCUGGAAAAAGAACCUGAACGUCGUCUCGGCUCUUCGUCGUCCAGCGGUGCAGAAAUCUCUCACCAGCCAUUUUUCCGCCCUAUCGACUGGGAUAGACUUGAGCGAAUGGAGCUCGAACCACCAUUCCAGCCUAAGCUGAAAUCGGGCGCAGAUGUGACCUAUUUUGACGCGGAGUUCACGAUGGAGCGGCCGCAUUUGACAGUCGUGGACAAGGAUAUCCUUGCCAGUAUGGACCAGGCGCCGUUCCGAGGCUUUUCCUACACUAAUCCGGACAUACUUACGUACAGGACCGGCAAUGAUUCACCACAUUCUUCGGAUGUUACGAUAGUGAUGACUGAGAAAACUUUGCAUCCAUUGGAUACGUCUUAUUUCGACCGGGGGUUCACUGCGCAGAAAGCACGUUUAACCCUCGUUGACCCCGAGAUACUGGCCAGUAUGGAUCAGAGCCAGUUUCGUAGCUUUUCUUACACGAAUCCCGCCUGCGGCGUUUUAGGAUCGCCGUUGACUCCUGAUGAUGCGAGAAAAUUUGAAGAUGGAAAUUACUACAACGAAGGUUGAUCAAGCUGCUGCGAAGAAACGCGAGCGAACUGUUGGUUAUUGGUUGGACUAUUCUUUGUUGUUGGAUUUUGUGGGAUACUCUUUCGUUCUUAAUCGUCAGAUGCGUUGGUUGUUCGUUUCCUGCUUUUUGUUUAAUAAAUUUGAAGAGAGUGUCCAGGAAGUUGCUGUGCGAUUCCGUGUGAUUAAUUGACUGAGCAUUGAAGAAAGUUGUCUAGCUUUUGAUUAACGAGUCGAUAUCGUCUCAUGUAUGUUGCGCUCGGGCUUUUUCAAGAGCUAUCAGAGUUAGCAUUUAAUUUUCCACGAAUAUUAUAAGGGUCUACCAUCUUCUCAGCGAAAUUUUUGGUUUUUCUCGCUGCAGCAUUGAAAAUAAUUUUUAAAUUUCACGCAGACUUUUUUGACCUAUGUGAUAUGUUUCUAUUGCGAACCAUCCAGUGGCGAUAUUUUUCAGGAGCGUGAAUAAAUUUCAAUGACAUUAGGAUUAGCUCUAUAGAAUUUAUCGCAAAUGCCAUGAAGUGUUGAAUGCAGGGUUUCUAUGAACCAUCUUUGGGUUUGCGCGAGUGCAGUAUCCAAUUCUGC